UUCUGAAUCUCCUAUGCAAUAUUCCUGCUUGUUUCUGUAGAACCUAUGGCAGUCGAAGGGAUAAUACAGGUCGAGAAAAAAUGCGCUCAAAGCGCCUGUUGUUCGGCGCGCUGCUCUUGCCAGUCUUUUACUUGCUUGACCAGUACAUCCAUACGCAGUACAUAUUCGGCCCCUUGAGACUGCAGCAGAUUUCACAGAGGGCUAUCGAGAUCCACGGCAAUGACACCCUGCCAUUGCUUCAGCAGAUCACGGCCGAUCUGAAAGCAGAGUACGGUGCCGCAAUCACAGAGUGGUCCAAGGACGACUGGUUCUUCAACAAUGCUGGUGGCGCUAUGGGUUCCAUGGUCAUCCUACACGCUUCGAUCAGCGAGUAUCUCAUCUUCUUCGGCACCGCACUGCAGACCGAAGGCCACUCCGGUGUGCACUUGGCUGACGACUACUUCACUAUUCUGGUUGGCGAGCAGCAUGUCGCUGCCCCGGGAGACUUGAUCCCCACAAUAUACCGGCCGGGCGAUCAAAAUCAUAUGCACCGUGGUGUUAGCACGCAGUACGCCAUGCCGGGUGCGUGUUUCGCGCUAGAGCUCGCGCAAGGCUGGAUUCCUGCUAUGUUGCCUUUUGGCUUUGCGGAUACGUUCAGCAGUACUUUGGACUUUGCGAAUCUGUGGAAGACGAUCAGAUUGACUGCCGUGCAUAUGGGUUAUCAGGCGCUCAGAGGUAAAUUCUAACGUCUGGAGGAAGCUAUUUUAACAGCGAUUGUUUCGAAAAUUGAAUAUGGCAAUUGUGGAACGGAGUUCAAGUCUUGUCAAGGACUGUCAGUUGAGGCGCCACGCAUCCCUUUGGCAGGCUACAAUUGCCUACCUCAAUCUGUCAAUACGAGAGAUUAAAAUUGACAUGUACUAUAGUACCUUAGAUUGUGGCUGUGUAGUGCAGCAUGCGACCUGAGUCACCCAGAGCAUGUCUGCAACAUAGCCGGAACAAAAGUUUGCUCCAGGAUUUAAGCCCACCAAGGCUCAGCAGAUGCCCGUACAGCUAAGUCAGCCUAGCUAAAAACCCUUGGCACCACCCCGGGAAGCCUGGCACUUUGGCUCCCUUGGCUCGAACCUG